AUGAAUAGUCAAAAUGCAUAACUAGAAUAAUCAUAAGUCUCCUCUUUAAUAUCUAAGCCAUUUUAUUUCAAUUCUGCUUUCUUUUUGGUUCUCACUUGUGUUAUUGUGGGAAGUGGUUAUUGGAUUUAAAAUCAUUAUAAGGAAUGA